AUGAACCCUUACCAUCAACUAAUAACUGACUUAGCCAGCGUUACCCUCAUCCCGAUCGCUGACGAUUCCAUGCUGGGAGCCGUAGCUCCGAAAGCCCCGCUGAGCAGCACAUUCCAGAACUGGCCCAAGACCCCCCAGCACAGCCCGAAACCCCCAAAGACCGUGGAGUUUGACAUCAAGCCCCCCAUGAGGAGAGCUCCCAGCCCCUCCAUGCCACAGGCCACUGAGCACAGAGUCAACCCGGGCACACCGCGCCCCUCCUCACUGCCCAUCCUGCCCUCGGUGGCACAGCCUGGGCCCCCCAUGGGCUACGACAUACACAGUGCCCCCACUUCAGUCGGGAACAGCUUUGCCAGCUUCCCACCCGGUAGCCGGGCCCACUCGCCCACCAGCAGCUUCCAGUCGCCGCCCCCUGUGCCCCCCGACAAGCCCUUCGCUGCCAAGCCCCUGGCCUUCUGGACCAAGUUCGACGUGGCCGAUUGGCUGGAUUACCUGAACCUGGGCGAACACAAGGAACACUUCCUGGACAACGAGAUCGAUGGCAGCCACCUCCCCUCGCUGCAGAGGGACGACUACGUCGAUCUCGGUGUGACCCGGGUCGGGCAUCGGAUGAACAUCGAGCGCGCCUUGAAACGCCUUCUCGAGAGGUGA